UUUUGUCAUUAUGAAAGCUUCUUCGCUUCAUUUGAGAACAUUAGAGGAGAAAAAAGCGUUACGGAGAACCAGAAACACACCAGGCAGGUCCGGGAUGAAGAAGCGGAGAAAUAUUGAGUAAGACGAUAUCCCAAGCCAAAAUCUCAGGACCCCUGUUCAGCCCCAUCAUUUGAAAAUGAACAAUAGUUUGACAGCCUGCCUAACGCUGACAGAGCUGCAGACAUCCACAGCUCGAGUGAGAGAAUGUUUAGUCAGGGCAACUAUUUCUAUUUCAUACUGGAAACCACUUGUUCAUAUUGUUUUAAAAUCCUGCUCUGUCACUUGAAAUCCCCAAUAAAACACAUUGAAGUUUGUAACUGCAACAUGGCCAAAUGUAAGAUAAGAUUUGGGAAUAUUCCCAAGGCACGGUGUUUGCAGCAUUUAUAGUGAGUGUGAUGCUGAGGGUUUACUGAUCCAGUCGAACUGGUCCUGUGAAGUUUGAGUCAGUUGGUCUGAUGGGGUGGGAUGAUGACUGGGAGGCGCCUGCCCUCUAAUUACCCCCUGUUUCUACCAAACACCUCUUUGUUUACACCCAAAGGAGAGAGUCAAGUCCAGGCAGUGCUGCUCGCUGGGAACAUUUCCCUGCAGUACCAGAACCAUGUCUGUUUUUGUGCUCAGCUCUCUUGUGCUCUUCAGCGGAGUUUGUGCCUCCGACCCUGCGGAUCCGGUUCUGCUCGGACCUCCGACCAUCGGGUUCAGCUCCUCGUUGCGCUCGGUCUGUAAGCCCGUCCCCAGCACCCUGUCCCUGUGCCACGGCAUCGGCUACCGGCGUAUGUGGAUGCCCAACCUGCUCGGCCACGACUCCCUGAGAGAGGCCCAGCAGCAGUCAGCCGCCUGGCUGCCGCUCGUCUCCAAGCUGUGCCACCAGGACACCAAGAAGUUCCUGUGCUCGCUGUUCGCCCCGGUGUGCCUGCCGGAGGUCGGCGGGCCCGUGAGCCCCUGCAGGAGCCUGUGCGAGGCCGUGCGGGACGGCUGCGUGCCCGUGAUGAGCGCCUUCGGGUUCCCCUGGCCCGAGAUGUUUAACUGCUCUCGGUUCCCGAGCGGGACCGAGCUCUGUAUCCCAGCAACAGGACAGCUGGAGGAGCGGAGGGAGGAGGAGGAGGAGCCGAAAGGGAGUAUCAUCUGCGACGCCUGCACUCUGACAGCUGAAGGAGAGUCUGACAUCCAGAAAAACUUCUGCCACAGUCCAUAUGCUUUAAAGAUGCGUCUGGACAGUGUCUCAACAGUAGGAGGCGACCGGCAGUUGGUGCCUGUGGCCCGCAGCCGCAUCCUGAGGUGGGCAGGGGGAGGUGCAGAGAGGGCGCAGGAGUUUGGAGGUGCAAUGACCCACAGGGCUCUGUGGCUGCAGGGAGGAGGCAGCUGUACUUGUCCCGGCUUAGACUUGGCAGAGACAAACAACAAGCAAGAGCAAAAUGAAGAGCCGGUUGACAAAAAGAAGGCAAAGAGAGGAGGAAGACUGGAGAAUAGACCCCAAAAUGGAUGGUUCCUGGCCCUAGCUCAGGCUGAAGAAGGAAGACUUGUUUUGACUCGACUCGUUAAGUGGACCAGAGAAGACAAAGAGCUGAAGAAGUUCAUCAGAAGUCUUCUGAAAAAGCCUUGUCCAGAGCUGUAAACAAUUAGCCGUUUUAGUCCACUGCAGAAUGGAGCCUAUAUGCUAGUAGCUGUAACAUUUUGUAUUUAUUCACCUAAAUAUAACAUACACAACAAUUCCUAAAUACUACGGGUGAGAAAAAUAGAAAUAUCACAAAAAUAUUCACCCUUAAAGACAGAGUAGAUACUCCCACCUAACCACCCGGCAUAAGUUGUAUGACGCCCUUAAAAUUUAUGCAAUUUAACUGCUAGGGAUCAUUAAAAUUGUAAAAAAUCAGAAUUGGUUUUAUAUUCUGAUGAAAUUGCAAUUAACUCAUUUUCCAUUACAGUGGACAUUAUACAUUAGUAGUCUUUUAAUUGAUUUUGAGAAUAUUUCAACUAUAGUGACUAUUUCUGUAGAAAAAGAUUAUUUUGAUGAUAACCCAUAGUUUUUUGAAACUAAAACAAUUUAUUUUAUUAAUUAGUUUGCUAUUUUUUGUUGUUGUUUGCAUUACCACAUUUUUUAUAACAAGGUAAACACAUAUUUACAUGACAAAAAGACUUGUUUUUGUGUUUGUGCUGACAAAUGUGUCUGAUAAAUGAGUUCACUGAUGAUUUCUAUUUAGUGCAAUAAGCAAAAUAUCUGCUGGUUUUGUUAGAAACGUUAAUUAUUAAAAGGCAUAGCUCAACAGGCUCUGAACUAAAUGGGUGAGGGGACAGAAACAUCAACAGAGGAGAAUUUUUUUUUGUGACACUGAACAUUAGAAAAUUGUAAACUGAGGCUGCUUUCAUCAUGGUAUUAGUUCUUUUUCACAUACACAUUUCCAGGUCUAAAUGCAUGUUUCCCAUGUUUUCAAAGUAUGAAAUAAUAAUAAAAAAAAUUAUCUGCCGUAA